UACCAUUAACAACCAAAUACAAAUGGUGUCUUAGCAACUAACUGCAGCGGAACAUGAAACUAAAUCUGAAAAGAAUACAGUGAUCUGGCAGCUGGCAAUGUGCGUCUGUAAGUACCGUGGAUGCAACAGAUAAAGAAAACCCUCAUCAUAGUAAUAAUGGUCAAGUCAACCGCAAAGUAAAGAAACUGAUUCCCACGUGGCCAUGGCCUCCUACUCUAGAACACCACUCACCCCUUCCCCAGGGGGCAACACCAGGAAGGAAAAUAAAGAACCAAACCAAACAAAUGAAGAAAUGAAUAGCCCUGGAAGGGCAAAAACCCAAAGAGGGGAAAGCCAGGGAAAAACAUGCAGUCAACAGUGCAGAUCCAGAAAAAGCACAGCCAAGUCACUAGAAGACAGGAAUCUGAUGUCUGCGAAUAUCAGGCGCACACACCGAAGCUCUGUGUCGGACCAAUUGAUUUCCCAUGAGCAGGUUAGCAGUGCUCUUCAUGAGGAUAGGACAAACACAGGGCAUGAAUACAAGAUCCCCCUGCCUAUCAUGAAACCGUGGCUGAUGGAGAAUAAUAAGCAUGGGAUGUACUAUGAUCUUGGACACUGCCUACGUGCUAAUAUAUUUCCAGGGAUGCCCAUAAGAGCUUGCAGUUUGGUAGAGGAUUCUUACACUGCAGAAGUUAACAGAAGAGGAAUAAUGGAUAGAAACACCAGACAGCACUGGCAUGGAAGGAAGACUGAUGAUUUAGCCACCUGGUCCCAAAUACUAAUGGAAAGAUUUACCACCUAUAAGAACCUGGAGAACCUUCUCAAAACGACCCACAAAGUUUCCAUGCAGCCUAGAAUGUACGUUAAACCAUCGCCACCUCUGCAAGCACCUAAACCGCCACCUCCGCCGCAGCAGCUGAAAAAGAGUAAAAAAAGACUCAUAGACAAGAGUGAGAGAAAACAGAUACAAUCUCCUGCUCAGGCAGAAUUCAAGAAAGAUGAAGACUUCUGGGCCUUUUACGAUACACCCAUUAAGUAAAGUCAUUUUUGAUUAGCAGUAACUCACAUUUGGAAGAAUAUAACAUUAAAAAAUGAUCCGUACA